AUGGAUGAAGGGUUUGCAUUUGCUCAUUGCACAACUUGUAAAGCUCCUUAUCAUUUGAGAGUUCAUGUUGCUGCUGAUAGGAAAUGGCGGACUUUGAAAUUUUGUUUUUUUGUGACUAGAGACAUUUUAUCCAUAUUUAUGGCGGUUCAACUAGUCAUUGCUUCACUUGCAUAUUUGGUUUAUCUAAUUGAUGGUUACCAGAAGUCAUGUCUCCGUCUUGCUUGGGGUUUUGAUAAUGAGCUUAGUUUCUAUUGCAUAUGUGGAGCAUUACUAUCUUUUGCCUUGCUGGGGCUAUCAGGGUGCUUUAUCACAUGCUAUGAUCGGCAAGUGCGUGAUGAUUUGGCUCAGCCUUGUCGAGAAUUAUGCCUCUGUUGCUGUCAGCCUGGAAUGUGUGCUGACUGCCACUUACCUGGUACUCUUUGUAUCUGGACUGACUGUACUACAUGCUUUGAAAGCUGUGCUAGUGCUGCUACUGAAUGUGGUUGCCUAGGAGGUGCUGGUGAAGCAGGGCUGCCAUUGUUGUUCAUUAUGGCAUUGAUUGUGCUCGGAUUAUUUACUGUGAUUGAAAUAUUUUACAGUGUUUUGGUCGCUACAAUGGUUGGGCAAAGGAUUUGGCAGCGGAACUAUCACAUACUGGCAAAAAGAAUGUUGACAAUUUUUUCAGAACAUGUUGUUGAGGAUGUGGAUGGUGAAAUGAUUGGAUCUGAUUGGUCUCCUACUCCUCUCCCGCCUGAACAUGUCCAUCAGCUGAAAACACUUGGCCUUCUACACACAAUAAAAACCAACUUUUCUUUUUUACCAUCGCAUGAGUUUUAUAUAACGCACAAGGAAAAUUUUAAUUAUUUUGAGUUUUAA